UUCUCUCUCACGUUGGUCUGGCGAUCUGCUCAGCAUACUCGACGGCUCAGAGGGCGUCACGCGCCGAGAUCCAGCGAUCCAAGGCCUCUAUUCCGUUGACAUAAUAUGGCUGCGACAUCAGUUUCAUCUUUCGACGGUCUUGCGGGGCAAGAACAAGCAUCUCGCCUGGAUGGCAUGAGGUGGAACUUGCACCUGCAAUUGUGCGACAAAAUCCGGCGUGACGACAAAAUCUUGUGGAGCGGUGAUGGCGUAAGUCCUGACCAUGAGGAGGAGGAAAAUCACGUCUCUUUCGGAAAUAAGGAAGGCGGGCUCGACGAUGGUAGUGGGAGCAAUGAUGUGAGGCUCAAUUUCCUUCCUGAUGGCGGUGGCAUUGAAGAGCCAGAGCAUAAGACUGCUGAAACCGUAAUCUCUCACAGGACCGAUGGCCUUGAGAGCUUCGCUCAAUCUGUUAUAGUGCAAUGGCUGAGGGAGCAUGUCAAUUUGGAUAAUUGGGAAACAAUCUUUCAGAACAUUGAUCUGGACGACAAAAUCUGGUUUGAGCAAGAUAUUUUGCCCUGUUUUAGAAAGGUGGUACAAAAGGAGGAGGAGGAGGAGCAAGAUAUCUUCUCCUGUUUUAAAAAGGUGGUACAAAAGGAGGAGGAGGAGGAGGAGCAAGAUAUCUUGCCCCCCCGUCCCGCCAUAAGUACCGUCAUCGUAAGCACUGACAAAGAGGAGGAGGACAAUCACGUCUCUUCAGAAAAUAAGGAAGGCAGGCUCGAUGAUGGUAGUGGGAGCAAUGAUGUGAGGCCCAAUUUCCUUUUUGAUGUUGGUGGCAUUGAAGAGCCAGAGCAUAAGACUGCUGAAACCAUAAUCUCUCACGGGACUGAUGGCCUUGAGAACUGCGUUCAAUCUGUUAUAGCGCCAUUCCUGAGGGAGCGUGUCAAUUUGGAUAAUCGGGAAACAAUCUUUCAGAACUCUGAUUUUGAAAAUUUCCUGACGACUCAUCCAUUAUACAUCACUCAACUAAACCAAAUUAUCAAAAACGUUGGCACCGAGCUUUCGCAAUUGCAAAAGACAAAUCCUGAACUGAGCUUGGAGGAAUUGAAGGUGUAUUACGUUCCUAUUUGUUGGAGUUCAACGAAGAGACUGGAAUUUUUUUGUCGCCUCAGCGACACACUAUUGAAAGCUACGGCGCCCAGUCAACCGAAUGAUCUGAAAGAUUUGCUUUCGGAGUUGGAGAGCAAGGAGGGGCCACAGGUUUUUGAUGGGAGGUGGAUCGACAAAAUAGAUAGGAACUGGAUCGACAAAAUAGAUCCUAACUAUAGACCUCGUGAGCACGAGUAUAUAUCCAUUCAAGGUUUAUUGCGCUUCGUGCGCAAUCGGUGGCGCCAUCCGGACGAAUUUAAGGAAUGCUUUGGAUCGGUCAGUGCGGAAGACUUCUACAGUUACUUCGAUGAACGAUUCCCGAAUCUCUUGAUCGUGUCAUACGGGGCGGCGCACCUGUACUGCAGAGAGCCCUGGUUCAAGGAGUACCGUUGAAGUGAAACUUUUGCAGGAUUACCUUUGGAGGCCACUUUCCAUGAUAUUUUCUUCAAUCCAGUCGGUUGUGCAUUCCCGUGUAUAAAUUUAAUGUUUUAGCUAUAUAAUGUGGUUGCAAUAUUGAAUUGUUUUAAAUUUAUAGUGUGUUGUUCUUGGUGUUGCAUAAAAAUAUUAUUAUACUUAA